CAUCCAGAGUCAUAACUCACGGCAGAGGCGCGUGCCACCAGACCAGUCGAGAGGCAGAGAGAAGGGGAUCUCCACUCGCCGCCGCGGCUCCUCCCCUUCGGGUUCCAAUCUGGGCUCGCCGGGCUCGGCGGCGAGGGAGACGAGAUGGGGAAGAACCAGGCGUACAAGGCGAUGCAGCGGUCGCGGCUGGGCUCCUCCUCCGGCGCGCCCGGCGCCGCGGACGCCCCCGAAGACGGCAUGACGGACGGUUCAUUUCAUUCUCCAGAGUGGCAUGCGGCGCGCCUGGCCAGCCUCAACAAGACGCACACCGUCACCUGGGAGGAGUUCAAGAAGAAGCAGAAGGAAGAUGAACUGAAAAGGGGUGAGCUGGAGGCUGACAAAGAUAAAAUGAUGAGGGAGUACAGAGCUCAACUGGAUGCAGAAAGAGCUCUGAAGCUAGCACAUGGAAGAAAUCACUCUAGGUCAGACUCAAAAUCAUCUUCUUCCAAGAAAGAGAGAAAGGAUAAGGAUGCAAAGAAAAGAAGUAAAAAGAAGAGAAAGCACAGAAGUUCUUCGGAGUUUAGUUCCAGCUCAUCAUCAGAAUCAUCAAGCAGCGAUGAUGAGGACAGAGGUUCAAGGAAGUCCAGAUCACGGUCAAGAUCAAAGAGAACAAAGAAGGACUCGUCAUCAGAAUCAUCAAGCAGCGACGAUGAGGACAGAGGUUCAAGGAAGUCCAGAUCACGGUCGAGGUCGAAGAGAACAAAGAAAGAAAAGAAGCAGCGGUCAAGGUCCAAGCACGCCGGCAGUGAUAGUGAGGGAGAAGGCCCAGUUCGCCUCUCUAAAUUCUUUGGGAAGUAAAGGCAUGGAUACUGUACCCAAGAGAUGCCUCAACCGAUUAGAUUACUCCUGGAAUCAAUUUGAAUCAUACAUCAGUGGAUGUGGAUGUACCAUUGAAUUCAGAAACUUCGGAAUGUUCGAGAGUUCCGGUUACCAUGAUGUUGAAGAGAGUGCUAUGAACUAUUGGAGGGCUCGUUUAAAUUUGUGUGGUGUCAUGCGACUUGUACGCAGCGUGCAAGUCAAUUGUUCUAAAUUGUUGUGCCUAGGAUUUGGUGCCGGUAUUUGAAACAUUGGUAAUUCGAACUGCUAUGUUUUUUACUUCAACUUCAAAGCCCUUGCUUC